UUAAAAAUACGUCCCAUCUGUAACGGUUCCUUGUGCUGAAUAUUUUUUUUCAACAGCACAUUGUUACAUAUAUUUAUAUCGGGUUCGAGUUUCCAUUUGUGAAAGAUGUCUGCGCCCAGACUACAUUGUUUGAUGGUUUUAAGUUCAGCGGUUGAAGGUGUAUCGGCACAGUCAUUUAUCCAGGCUUACACACUUGCCAGUUCCAACUUCUCCAUACAGCUAGCCUCGCCACACGCGAAGAAUGUGGAGUAUGUGCAGCAGGAUGACAACAAUAGACGCUGGUUCAACGAGUUCAGGAGUAAAGCCUCAUCCAACCCCAUAGCAUUCGAAACAGUGGACUCGGCAAGAUACUCUGCCCUGUUGAUUCCCUCGUCCCCCGGGGCGGUCCAUGACCUGGCCAGUAACACAGAACUCAGUCAGAUUGUUAACCACUUCAUCAGGGAGAAAAAACCAAUUUGUGCAAUAGGAAGCGGAGUUGCAGCCCUUUGUUGUGUUAUGUCACCCGAUGGUAAAUCCUGGGGAUUCAAGAACUACAGUAUGACUGGGAGAUCUGUUUCCUCUCAGGAUUGACACAGAAUGAUUGAGGUCUACUGUAGCACAGGUGCCCUGACGUUCAAGGACGGGAACUUUAUCCUGGACGGGAAACCCCUGCGGAUCUUUAGCGGGACCAUGCACUACUUCCGGGUAGUUCCGCCCUACUAGAGGGACCG